AUGCGGGCGACGGUUAUUCUGGUCCAAGUGAAUCCAGGAGAAGCGUUUACAAUAAGAAGAGAAGAUGGACAAUUUCAGUGCAUUACAGGUCCUGCCCAGGUGCCGAUGAUGUCACACAACGGUUCUGUGCCUCCUAUUUUUGUGCCUCCUGGAUACGCCCCACAGGUUAUUGAAGACAACGGCGUUCAGCGGGUCAUAGUGCUUCCCCAGACAUCAGAGUUUCCUUCUGGGAAUCAAGCGGUGAUACAGCAGCCCCCCCUCCCUCCCUUGCCCGGCUUCAUCCCUCUUCCAGCCAUGAUCCCCUCUUCACUUCAUCGUCUGUACUCACCAAUAACUGGAUCUGGCGAUAGGACAACCCAGUUUAUCCCGCAGUAUCACAUUACCCAGGUAUACGGUGAUUCAGAUACAGUAUCAAUCCAUGGAAGGUCCACUUUUAGAGAUGAGCGAUCUAGUAAAGCACAUGAAAGAUUACAGAAAAAGGCGAAGGAUCGGCAAGGUACACAGAACGAUAAAUUAAACAGUCCUUCCUCAUCACCUCAGAAAUGCCUUUCUCCCACCAAUGGGUACAAUGGAUUUGCAGCAAGACAAGACGCAAGUGACAUAAGUGUAAGAUAUGCAAGGAGUAACCAUGCGGGGGAAAGAAAAGGCAACUCUGUAGAAGAAAAGGAUGAAGAAAGGAAAGCAUUUGAAGCUCUUCUUUCUAACGUCAGCAAGCCUACGGUCAAAGAAAUUCAGGCAAGGAAGGCAGAGCUCACCUGGUCCCCUCCCUGCAGAAUCAUCGGGGGAGACAAAGACAAGUCGGAGGUUUAUGCUUACGAAGUGCUGAUUUCAAACUGUGGAGAAGACGGGAAAUACACAUCUGUUUAUAUAGGUGAAAAAACGUAUUUCAUGAUAAAUGAUCUUACACCAGCAACAGAUUAUCACGCAAGAGUUCUAGCACAAUGCAACUCCAUAAAAGGAACUCCAUCUGAAGCAGAAAGUUUUACAACAAUGAGCUGUGAACCCGAUACUCCAGAUACACCAAAGAUAAUUCAUCGGACCAAAAAUUCUCUUACUUUAGAGUGGAAGGCACCUUGUGACAAUGGUUCUAAAAUAAACAAUUAUCUUUUAGAAUGGGACCAGGGAAAUGGAAACAGAGAGUUUGAGCAGUGUUAUUAUGGUCAGCAGAAGCAGUACAAGAUCACGAAGCUGUCCCCAGCAAUGGGAUUCACAUUUAGGCUAGCAGCCAAGAAUGAUAUGGGCAUGAGUGGCUUUAGUGAAGAAGUCCUAUAUCAUACCACAGGAACUGCUCCAACUGCCCCUUCAAGUCCUGUGCUGCUUGAAGCUGGGGUUACUUGGCUAUCCUUGCAGUGGGCUAAACCCUCCGGAACGCCAUCUGAUGAAGAUCUCUCCUACAAUUUGGAAAUGGAAGAUGAAGACUCGGGGUGUGGUUUCCAGCCCAAAUACAGUGGUGAUGAACUGACUUACACAGUGAAGGAUCUUAAAAGAAGUACCAAGUAUAAAUUUAGGGUCACUGCUUGCAACUCAGAAGGUAAAAGCAAUCCAAGUGACGUGGUCGUCCUCACCACUAGGCCAGAUAAACCUGGAGCUCCUUCGAAACCAGUUGUCAAGGGGAAAAUUCUUGCACGAGGCGUGGAAAUAUUUUGGGAGCCGCCCAUGGACGAUGGAGGAGCGGCAAUCACUAAAUACAUUUUAGAAAUUUCUGAAGGCUUAAAUGGGAACCAAUGGGACAUGAUAUACAGUGGAACUGCUAUGGAAUAUUCAUGCGAUCAUUUGAAUCCUGGCUGCUUUUACCACUUACGGGUAUCUUGCGUUGGAGAAGGAGGGCAAAGUGUGGCAUCUGACUCACUGUUGGUGCAGACGCCACCCCUGCUGCCUGGUCCAUGUCAGCCUCCAAGGUUACAGGGCAGACCAAGAUCAAGAGAGAUUCCAUUACGUUGGGGGCCACCUGCUGUAGAUAAUGGAUCACCAAUAAUCUCAUACAGUUUGGAAAUGUCUCCUGCAGAAACAGAUGAACCUCGAGACGUUUACUGUGGCCUUGAUGAAGAAUUCACAGUCAGCCACCUACUCCCUGGAACAACAUAUAGCUUUCGACUGAGGGCUGCCAAUGCAGCUGGGCUUGGCCCCUAUUCAGAGAAGUGCCAACACACCACGGCCCCUGGCCCACCAGACCAAUGCAAGCCGCCAGAAGUGACGUACAAAUCUGCAACAUGUGCAAUCAUAUUUUGGGAGGUUCCCGUUAGCAAUGGAGCGGACAUCACCGAAUAUCGGUUGCAGUGGGGAACGGCAGAAGGAAGCAUGCAUAUCUGCUACUGUGGGCCAGGACUCAGUUAUGAGAUGAAAGGCCUCUUGCCAGCAACUUUAUAUUAUGCCAAGGUUCAGGCUGUAAAUGUGGCUGGUGCAGGGCCUUUUAGUGAGGUGGUGGCGUGUUUGAUGCCAUGCUCUGUCCCUGCCAUGGUGACUUGCAUCCAGGAAGCUAAGGUGGAAAAACCCCUCUAUUCACCUUCCACCUGCCUUGCAAUCAGCUGGGAAAAGCCCUGCGACCACGGAUCUGAAAUAAUGGGAUAUACCAUAGAGUACGGGGAAAAGCAGCCGAUUACCGUGGGGAAGGUGACAAGCUUUUUCAUAGACAGUUUGCAGCCAGACACAACAUACAGGAUACGAAUCCAAGCUUGGAACAGCCUUGGAGCAGGCCCUUUCAGCAACAUGGUGAAACUGAAAACAAAGCCACUCCCUCCUGAGCCCCCUCGUCUAGAGUGUUCAGCAUACAGCUCUCAGACUCUCAAGCUGAAGUGGGGAGAGGGAAUUGCAAGAACCCUUUCAGAUUCCACUCAGUAUCACCUUCUAAUGGAUGAUAAGACCGGGAGGAUCAUGUCCAUCUACAAGGGAUCCUGUCAUACUUACAAAGUACAAAGACUUAGUGAGUCAACAUCAUACAAGUUUUAUAUCCAGGCUUGCAAUGAGGCUGGGGAAGGUCCUCUUUCCCAAGGAUAUGUUUUCACCACUAUGAAAUCUGUACCUCCUGCCUUGAAAACACCGAAAAUCGAAAGAAUUAAUGAUCACACUUGUGAAGUAACAUGGGAGACACUACAGCCAAUGAAAGGGGAUCCUAUUGUUUACAGUCUUCAGGCUAUGACGGGAAAGGACAGUGAAUUCAGACAGAUUUAUAAAGGUCCUGAUGGGUCAUUCCGUUAUUCAGGCCUCCAGCUGAACUGUGAAUCUCGUUUUCGGGUGUGCGCCAUUCGACAGUGCAGGGAUUCUGCUGGCCAUCGGGAUCUCGUCGGUCCUUGCAGUGCCACGGUGUCAUUCGUCCCUCAGAAGGCAGAACCAACCAUUGGCAAGGAUGCUGCAGAAAGCACGGAAUGGACUCUUAGCGACGAACAGUGUGCAACAGUAAUCCUUCUUCUCUUUGCGGUCUUUUCCAUUUCCGUUACCUUUAUAAUUCAGUACUUCGUCAUAAAAUGA